GCGCAUUUAGUUGUGCAGCGUUUCCGAGGGCAGUUCAUUGUCAGUACCUAAUGAAAAGAUAGAGGCGUGUGUCCCUUCAUCUUUUGUCUGUACUGAGAGCAGUCCAAUCUAAUCUUAAAAUGAAGCGGACGUGGGUUUUAGGACUUCUCGUCGGGCUGUUAGCCUUUGCUGCUGUGAGGGCCGAGGAUGAAGUGGACGUGGACGGCACUGUUGAUGAGGACCUGGGAAAAAGCAGGGACGGCUCCAAGACUGACGACGAGGUUGUACAAAGGGAGGAGGAAGCCAUCCAGCUGGAUGGAUUGAAUGCUGCCCAGAUUAAGGAACUCCGGGAAAAGUCUGAGAAGCACGUCUUUCAAGCGGAGGUCAACCGCAUGAUGAAACUGAUCAUCAACUCCCUAUACAAGAAUAAGGAGAUCUUCCUCAGGGAAUUGAUCUCCAACGCUUCCGACGCCCUGGAUAAGAUCCGUUUGUUGUCACUCACUAACGAUGACGCGCUGGCCACCAACGAAGAGCUGACCAUCAAAAUUAAAUCUGACAAGGAGAAAAAUAUGCUCCACAUCACGGACACGGGCAUCGGCAUGACUAAAGAUGAGCUGGUGAGGAACCUCGGCACCAUCGCCAAGUCGGGCACCAGCGAGUUCCUCAACAAGAUGACAGAGAUGCAGUCAGAGGACCAGUCGACUUCGGAGCUGAUUGGACAGUUCGGCGUGGGCUUCUACUCUGCCUUCCUGGUAGCUGACAAGGUCAUUGUCACCUCGAAGCACAACAACGGCACACAGCACAUUUGGGAGUCUGACUCCAACCAGUUCUCGGUCAUCGAGGAUCCCCGCGGAGACACUCUGGGCCGAGGGACCACCAUCACAUUGGUAAUGAAGGAGGAGGCCUCAGACUACUUGGAGCUUGAGACCAUUAAAAACCUCGUCAAGAAGUACUCGCAGUUCAUCAACUUCCCCAUUUAUGUUUGGGCCAGCAAGACUGAGACUGUGGAGGAACCCAUUGAUGAUACUGAGGCAACAGAGGAACCAGAGAAGGAAGCUUCUGAAGAUGAGGCUGAAGUUGAGGAAGAGGAGGAAGAAAAAGACAAACCCAAGACUAAAAAAGUUGAGAAGACUGUGUGGGACUGGGAGCUGAUGAAUGACAUCAAGCCCAUCUGGCAGAGACCAGCAAAGGAGGUUGAGGAUGAUGAGUACCAUGCUUUCUACAAGACCUUUUCCAAGGACAGUGACAAUCCUCUGGCUCACAUCCAUUUCACGGCUGAGGGAGAGGUAACCUUCAAGUCCAUCCUGUUUGUGCCCACCGCUGCUCCCCGUGGCCUCUUUGAUGAAUAUGGCUCAAAGAAGAACGACUACAUCAAGCUUUUUGUUAGGAGGGUUUUCAUCACGGACGACUUCAACGACAUGAUGCCUAAAUAUCUCAACUUUGUCAAGGGAGUGGUUGAUUCUGAUGACCUUCCGCUUAACGUGUCCCGAGAAACUCUUCAGCAGCACAAGCUUCUCAAGGUGAUCCGUAAGAAGCUGGUGCGCAAAACUCUCGACAUGAUCAAGAAGAUAGCGGAGGAGCAGUACAACGAUAAGUUCUGGAAGGAGUUCGGCACAAACAUUAAGCUGGGAGUCAUCGAGGACCACUCCAACCGAACGCGGCUUGCCAAGCUGCUGCGCUUUAGCACAUCCAAUAGCGAGACUGUUCUGUCAAGCCUCGAGCAGUAUGUGGAGCGCAUGAAGGAGAAGCAGGACAAGAUUUACUUCAUGGCUGGCACAAACAGGAAGGAGGCUGAGGCCUCCCCAUUUGUGGAGAGGCUGCUGAAGAAGGGCUACGAGGUGAUCUACCUGACAGAGCCCGUGGACGAGUACUGCAUCCAGGCCCUGCCAGAGUUUGACGGCAAGCGUUUCCAGAACGUGGCCAAGGAGGGCAUCAAGUUUGACGAGAGCGAAAAGGCCAAGGAGAAGCGUGAGGCGCUGGAGAAGGAGUACGAGCCACUCACCACUUGGCUCAAGGAUAAGGCCCUCAAGGACAAGAUUGAGAAGGCAAUCUUGUCUCAGCGGCUGACAAACUCUCCGUGUGCGCUGGUUGCCAGUCAGUACGGCUGGUCAGGGAAUAUGGAGAGGAUCAUGAAGGCACAGGCGUAUCAGACCGGAAAAGAUAUUUCAACAAAUUACUACGCCAGCCAGAAGAAGACAUUAGAAAUCAACCCCAAGCAUCCCCUCAUCAAGCAGAUGCUCAAACGUGUCAAUGACGACGCCGAGGACCAGACUGCGUCAGAUCUGGCAACCGUACUUUUUGAGACGGCCACUUUGCGGUCAGGCUAUCAGUUGGCUGACACAAAGGCUUAUGGCGACAGGAUAGAACGGAUGCUGAGACUCAGCAUGAACAUACCUCUGGAAGAGCAGGUAGAAGAGGACCCUGAGGAAGAACCUGAAGAGGAGACGGCGGAAGACUCCGACGAAGCUGAAGAGAAGGCAGAUGAGGACAUCGUGGACGAAGAUGAUGAAGCUGUUGCUACAGAAAAAGAUGAACUUCUGAACAAGGAGAGCAGUGAUCAGAUGCUGGCAAAGAAGUCAAUGAUGAAUCUGGAUGAACUGCAGAGCUCUACAGCUCAGUUGCUAUUACCCUCUCCUCGUCUUCCUUCUCCUUCUCGUUUCUCACGCGCGCACGCCCCAGGGAUGAGUAUAGAAAUCCCCGCGGGCCUGACGGAGCUGUUGCAGAGCUUUACCGUGGAAGUGCUGAGGAGCCAGCCCGGUGACCUGCUCGACUUCGCCCUGCAGUACUUCACCCGCCUCAAGGACCGCGAGCAGAGCCACAGCCGCCGGGCGCCGCUCGGCCGGGAUGGGGACGAAGAUGACGGGGAGCCGCCGCCGUCGCUGUCGAAGCACGGACAGAGAACUGCCAGCGGAGGCGGCGGCGGAGGAGGAAAGGCAGUCAAUUUCCUCGACGAGGCCAUGCAGAUCGACUCUGAGAACGGAGAAGACGACGACGAUGAAGACGACGAAGAUUUUCAAGCGCCCAUCAUAAACAGAUUCAUCAGAAGAGCUUCAGUUUGUGCUGAAGCCUUCAAUCCUGAUGAAGAUGAUGAGGAUAAAGAGCAAAGGGUCGCCCACCCCAAAACAGAUGAGCAGCGACAGAGACUACAGGAAGCGUGUCGAGACAUUCUUCUUUUCAAAAAUUUGGAUCCUGAAGAAAUGUCUCAAGUGUUGGACGCCAUGUUUGAGAAGUUCUGCACAGAAGGGGAACACGUGAUUGACCAGGAUGACGAUGGGGACAACUUCUAUGUGAUUGAGAGAGGUACUUUCAGCAUUUCUGUCAAAGUGGAUGGUGCCGAGAAGCUGGUGGGUUGCUACGACAACCGCGGUAGCUUCGGAGAACUGGCGCUUAUGUACAACACGCCCAGAGCAGCCACCAUCAUCGCCACCUUGCCUGGAGCCCUCUGGUGCCUCGAUCGUCUGACGUUUCGAAGGAUCAUCGUGAAGAACAAUGCCAAAAAGAGGAAGCUGUACGAGGCAUUCAUUGAAACGCUCCCACUGCUCACAUCUCUGGAGCUUUCCGAGCGGAUGAAGGUGGUGGAUGUGAUAUCUACUCGAGUGUACUGUGACUCGCAACAGAUUAUUGCACAGGGAGAAUUGGCUGAUUGUUUCUACAUUGUAGAGUCUGGACAAGUUAGGAUCACCAUGAAAAGAAGCAGGACGAAAAACGGGCAGGACGAAGAGGAAGUGGAAAUCGCCAUGUGCUCCCGGGGCCAGUAUUUUGGGGAAUUGGCACUAGUCACAAACAAGCCCAGAGCUGCUUCCGCCUACGCUGUUGGGAGCGUCAAAUGUUUGGUGAUGGAUGUGAAAGCCUUUGAGCGUCUUCUGGGCCCCUGCAUGGACAUCAUGAAAAGGAACAUUGCUAACUAUGAGGAGCAGCUACUUAUGCUGUUUGAGAGUCGCACCGAGAUCGAGCAGCAGUGUGCGUGACGCCGCUCGGCAGACUGAUGGGUAUUCUGCAUCCCACUUGUAUCCACUAAAAAAAAAACAAACAAACAAACAAACAAAAAAAACAUUUCUUACAAGACGAUCAAGAUGAGACUUACAUGUUUGCAGUAAAGUAACGUAUGCCAAAGCAGAGUUGCUCAAAGCUUCUUUUCCAUUCAAUCGCCCUUUAUGUGUAAAUUUGACCUGUUUUGUUGGCCCAUUUAUUUGAACUGAGAAAGCGCCAACUUGCAAAAAAGACAGUUUUGGGAUCAGACCGAAUGUAGACUUUCUGGUACCUCAGCAUUUUUCCAGAGUAUUUCUGUGUUAAAUGUGCGUACCUGUCGGCCUACUACUAGAGGUGGUGAAAUGUUUUGCGUAAUUAAGGGGCACAGAGCUCAGGAGGCGCUUCCAAUAGAAGGGUAACCACGCAAAAAAAGAUUGCUUUAUGUAGGUAUGCCUUUGAAUUCUUACAAGGGUGAAAAACACUUUAGGCAAUUUCUCAAUUAGUAUACAAACAAGCUGACAUUUCAUGCAGCUAGUAAGCCAAUAGAUAAUUUGCCAAAAAUGACCAAAACAUGAAUGCUCACCACACAACUCACAGUAAAGGUUUCAUGAAAUUGCAUUCACUCAGCUCAACCUUGCCCGACAUAAGAUAAGCCACACACACUCAGAACAACCGACAGGAGCUGGACAAAUCUGCUUAAAGUGCAACAUUUAACAUGAUUUAGUGCAACCGCACUGUGCUCUGCUAAUUUAUGAUGCAAUAAUGUUGUUAAUCCUAUCUUCUGUAUGUACGGUAUUUGUGUUCAUUGACUAUAUGUCUUAUUUUAACUGUCAAGUUAAAUUUCCAGCAUAUUGUGCUUUGCUCUGAUGAAACCUUUACUAUGGGUGAAGUGCGAUACAGUGAUAUCCCUGUCGGUUACAGUUUUUUGCCAUAAAGUAUCUGGAGAUUCACUGGUUGUGUAUGAUCUAAGGCAGUAUUUCUUCAAAUCGCUCAAAAGAGCUUCCUUUUUUUUUUUUUUUGAGUCUGAUAACAUUCUGUAA